UAUUAAGAGCACCACGAUCACGAUUUAAGAUAAACUGAUAGGAUGCUGCGCAUAUUGAUAGUAUAAUCACAAAAUAAAUGAUAAGUAUGGUUUUAAGUCAAAAACUGAUAACCGCAAUAGAUUUGAUUGAAACGGUUUACCCGUCGGCGGCUACCAGCCACCGAUAUUCGACACUGGAAUACUGGAUACAUUGCGGUCUAAGUCUACGUUUCUACGUCAAUUGCAUGAUUUAAUACUGUCGGUAAUAGUGCAUACAUACAUAAAAUUAAAUAACAAAUUAUUAUUAUAUUAUGUUAUCUAUAUCAUGGUUAAACAUAUCAUAAAUAAUAUUUAAAAUCUUAGAAAAUAGAACAAUUUUAUUGUAGUUUGAAGUGCUUUUUGGCUUCAUCAAUAUGACUACCAUGUACGGAAACGGUAUGAAACAAUUGGAAGAGCGGCAUGUGCCCACUAAAGUCCUGAAAAUGGAAUGGUCAAAUAAAAUGGAUCUAUUGGCCAUAGCCAAGGAACACGGUGAGGUGUCUUUACAUCGUCUCACUUGGCAACGAGUUUGGUCCUUAGCUGCCCCAAAAGAUAAGACAUUGGUGACUGCAUUGGCUUGGAGACCCGAUGGAAAACAGCUGGCAAUAGCAUAUGAUUCACUUGAUUUAUUAUUAGUGGAUGUGGAAAAUAAAGACAUCGCUUUCAGCAAAACUACAGAAAGUAAAGUCACUUCUUUGGUGUGGGUGCAGCAAGAAAAACCCCAGAAGAAAGACACCAUAGAUUCUGUACUGAUUAAGAUGAAUGGUCUCGAUUAUCUCCCAAAACUCCAAAGCUUGGUUCUUCGUGAUACACCUGAAGAGGAGAACAAGAUACCUAAAGUCCAAGACACAUUAAAUUUAUUGUUAGUCGGCAUGAGCAAUUGUGAAGUACAAAUAUUAGCACUGGGUAUAUUUUUGUGCGGAUCUAUUAAAUUGGCUGAGGUAUUUAAAAAAGAAUGUACCGUGCUAAAUAUACACAUGCCAGUAGAUUUUAGUUAUCUAUAUGUGGCUAUUCAAUAUUACUACGGUACUAUAGAAAUAGUGACGAUUAAAUUACAAGAUUGUGACACAUGCUGGGACGACGUUUAUGAUUUGGCAUUCAAACACGAUCAGUUGUUGUCGUCAUUAGAUUAUUUAGACCAAACAAUGAAAAACAUACUGGAAACGUGGGAACAUGUAUCGUUAAUGGAAAUGGAACUGAAACUGAGCUCUUAUUGCCCAGAAGACCCGGAAAUGGUGUCAACUGAUCUAUUGGAACUGUUGAUCUAUGGAAUAUUAACAGAACGCAUGGACCAGUUCUUGAAAAGAGAUUUGACUGACAAGGGCAUUAAGAAAAUUGGUCUAUCGAUCGAGUCGAGCCACACCAACGUUCAGAAACUGGUGGUGAAUCAGCUGUCGGAGGUGACCAAUCAGAUUCUGUUCCAGCUGGUGGAGAUAUCAGGAAUGUCGCUGAAAAAGUACGAAUGCCUUGGACUGACAGAGCACAGCGUAAAGAAAGCUUUACGGUCGGUGAACGGGUUCCUGAUGAAGUGUAACGAGGUACAGAUCGUCAUCGAAGAGUCGCUGACUCGGUACAAGUUGUUCUUCAAGUGGCUGUACGGCAUGAUGAUCAAGCUUAACGACGAUAACUCGGCUAGCGACCCGUCGUUGUCGGACACGUCGCAACACGAGCUCAACAUGCUGGCCGAGUACAUAAACGGGCUGGGAGAGACCGGGGCGAAGGCCAAAGACUACAAGCUGGACCGGGUAGGCCAGUAUUUCCUGGACGGCGACCUGGAGUUCCCGUACGACGCUCGCAGCCAGUGGUGGUCACUACUCCAGGACAACCCGUGCAUGGAAGAGAACGAGUUGAUCUUGGCGGCGCCCCGGGGCCAUUCGCUGACUCGGCAGUUCGCCGUGCUCAAGGCCGACCUGAUGGACAUAUUCGCGCAGCGCAAGACGUUCUUCGACAAGACGUUCGUGAUGUACGACAACGUGCCGUUAGAAGGGCCGUCGGGGCUGUCGCACGGCCGCACCCGUGUCAGCAUGGUGGACCUGCCCAAUCACAAGCUGCUAGUGUGCUGCGUUCGAGAACUCGGUGCUCACGACUUCGGGUUCUACGAACUGAUGGCGUACGGCGACACGCAAGAGGUGACGCAUCGUAGCACCACCGUGUUCUACUCGUGCGACGGCGUCAAGCAGAACGUGCACGACGUGCAGUUCUACUCGCCCGACUACGUGUCCGUGCUGACGGAAACGCUCGACCGGGCGACCAACCGUUUCUCGCUGUUCAUACAGCUGUCCACCAGCAGUGUGCGCAGUCACUGUUCGACGGACGGACUGACCACGUGUAGGAUAGGUCAGCCGAGUGCCGACAGUGACAGCGGCGGAAGCUGUCACACGCUGAGCGAUUACACGUGCCGAGUGGUGGAGAACAUGGCGGCCUCGAGUUUCGCGGUCAGCGGCACCCGGAAAGUGGCCGUGUUGUUGUCGCACAGCCGGCACAAGGUCCGGCUGUUCGAGAUGGAGGUGGACGACGAAGAGGACGAGGACGAGGACAGUGCAAUGGACAUCACGCGGGACUCCAACAUGACGGACGAGACUAUGUGACCCCCAACCCUCCGUUAAUCAAUUAAACACCCAUCCGCCCACGCUCAUUUCCCACGAUGCUCUAGACGCUUAAGCGUCAUCGCGUUGUCAUUACUCGUUACGAGCACGUGAGGUCGUAUAAUAAUAAUUAUUAUAUCCGAUGAUGAUGUUUGGUCGCCACCAGAGUAUGACACACUAUUGUAUAUUGUGAUGUAUAAUGUGUAUACCUACCUACCUACUUGUAAUAUAUUAUUAUGUUUGGCGAUAUGUGCAUUGUGCACGCCGGAAUAACGCGUAUAAUAUAAUAUUGUAUUUUGUAUAUUUUCAUAUCGCGAGAUAUAUAUAUAUAUUAUAGUCUUACGAUCGUCCUCAUAAGGUUGUGAUACACUCAAACUAAGUUACUAAGUAUAUAAUAUUUUUGUAUAAUUUUUUGUUCAUAUAUUUUUUAUACAAUUA